UUCAAAAAAUAAAAAAUAAAAAAAAUAAUUAAAUAAAAAAAUAUCGGACUAGUACAAAUUUUAACAAAGGCCACGACGUGUUUUUGUAUUAUGAUAAAGAAUAAAAAAUAGGCUUGGUAUAUUGCUCAACAAAUCUGUAUAUCCUACUAGACAAUAGUUCACGAACUGAUCGCAUAUGGAUUUCUAACCUUGUUCUUGAUGUAACUCAAAGUUGAAAAGACUCUUUUAACACUUGUUGUGUAACCAUAAAAUCAAUUCAAAUUAAGGGUAGCCUGUAAUUAGUUUAAUUGUUAGGUUUUGGAAGUAGUCGGGGGUAAGGAAUAACUUUUUACUAUUAUGUAGUGUUUAAAAUAGAACAACAAAUGAGUUGCAACUUAAUGGAGGACAAUGCUUAAAAAAUAUAGUAUAUCCUAAGUUUGAAUAACACAGACUAUCACUUAUUUUUUUAAGUAUACGCAAACUACUACUGAGUAUAAGAUUAUCGUUGUAGGGGUAUCCCAAAUCAAUAAAUAUAAUAUUUUUAUCCAUACAAAACUAUUACCGAGAGUUAAAAUAAUAGUUUUCCCAAAUUUUAGAGGUCUCGGUAUCCGCCCCUGCCCAUCCCCUCUUCUACUCAUUUGGUGACAAACCAAAUGGCCUUGAAGUCCGACGGUGUGAAUUCAGCCCAUCAGCUGGUUCGUUCCUUCAUUUGGCAAAACUCCUACCGUCCAAACCAACGCGUGGGCUCUACUCUUCAACCACUAGUACUACACAUGCUUCGUUUCGCCUUUUAGUCUCUCUUCUCCCGGCUAAGCAUCUCAAAGAGCGCUCUUAGCUUCGGGUCCAAACCAAACCUAGCUUCGGAUUGCCCUGGCCCCCGAACCUCGUCGUUGUUCCUCUGUUCGUUGAAAAUUUCGCACACUAUUUCGAUUGCUUUAUCUCCCUCUCCCUCUCUCCUUCGGUCUCUCGCACAGCUCUGACUCUGAGACGCCUCAUUUCCUGAUACCUUCGCGUUGCCAUUGGUUUAAACCCUAAAGUUUGCGCGAAUUCUUCGUCUCUGAGGAUCGGUUUCCAGCUCGGAAAUGGUGGCCUGUACACGAAACUGUGAGUUCAACAAAGCUUUUUCUCCUUCUCCCUUACGUUCUCACUGGGUUGAAACCCUAACCUUCUGCUCAUAGAUGUCAUCUAUGUUACCUGGGCUGAACUAAACCGACAUCGUGCUUUCGACGGGGCAGCUUUCUAGGAGCUUCUUCUGUUGUUUUGGGCUUUUGUGCCUCUCGUGUGAGGCUGGUUUCGGGUGGGAAAUUGAGAGUUCGUUUCUCGAUCGUUUUUGGUUAAGUGGUAAUGAAUGCUGGAUUUGGAAUAUGGCUUUCCGCUGUAGGUUUUGAGGCCUACGGAACUUAGGGAAACGUGAAUUUUGUCUUCCGUUACUUCGCUUCUCUCUGUUCCACUGGGAUUUAGAGAUUAGUUCUCGCUGCUUUGUUCUUAAUUGAGACAAAAUUGGAUUUUGUUUGUUGGAUUUCCCUCCCACAAACCUGCAUUUUCUCGGCAACUAGGAAGAGGAGUGUUGGCGAAAGCUUUUCACGGGUCUGGAAGGCCUUCCCUUGGAUGUCUGAUAUGCUUAUAUUUGCUUUAUUACUUGAAAGAGUUGGUAGAGCUCUGUAUGAACCAAGAUUGCUAUUUUGAUGCAGUCAUUGUCGCUUUAUUCCAUGGAAGAUAUAAGGUGUGACGGUGUCACAUAACAACAAAUAGGCUAGAGAUUGUUCAAUGUUAUUUUUGCUCUGAAGCUUCAUUGUUUAUGAAUAUUCCCUUUGAAAUUCUAUACUUGAAUGGAGCCAAUUAUGUGUAUUACCGAGGAUCAAGGAAGCAAUAAUGUCAAGCUCUUUGGAGAUAGGUUGACCUUUAGGCAUAUUUCUCCUUGGCCAGCAGGGUCCAUCAGAACUUCGUCUUGUGUAGUUAAAUGAGGUGAAUUCUUAAAUAGUUGAGUAUGCUGUUCACAAUGUCCCAGUCAUAUCGACGAUUACAAUUUUCUUUACACUUUUCAUGGGAUGCUCAUUUGUAGAGCCUGACAUGUGAAGGUAGAGAGACAUUCUUGAAUAUUGGUGGAAUAAGGAAUUUGCUAUUUGACUGCAAAGUUGGAAAUUAAAGCUGAAUUCUUCAUUCUGUGAUCUCAUGUUGAUUUGGAACUUGCUUUCGAGAUUCCCCUGGACCACGAUUCAAUUCAGUUUUUUUAGUUGUUACAUUUUGCUCUUGAUCGUUGUAAGCUGAGUAUCAUGUGCUAAUUUUCAUUAGAAAUCUAGGACAUGGUGUUAGACUAUCAUGUUAUCACUUGCCAAGAUGGGUAGAAAAUGACUUGUGUUGGAAUGGUGUUGGGUAAAAGGAAAAUGACUGAGUUGGAAUAAUGCGUCCCUCAUAAUAUGGUUUACAAUUCAUUGGAGCCCAAUCUGUUAGUUAGAAACUAAUUUCUAAUUGCAGCAAUGGUUUGUACCUGUAAUUCUAGGCUUGUAUUUUUUAAUAAAUAUUGUAAACCAGUCCCUUUGUGCUUCAAUAAUUCUUGUCAUCACAGCAUUUUUAUCUUAUUUAUAUUAUAUAUCCUUGCUGCACUUGUGCAGAGAGUUUGUUCAUUUUAGCUUGUGAAUUAAACAGGUUACUAUUGAGAAACUUUAUUCUCUUCCUGUCACGUGUUUAUUGUCACUGUGCUGAAAAGUAAAUAUUUGCUGAACCAUUCAUCAGGUGUUCUUAUAGCUUCUAUUUCCAUGUCUUUAAUGCAGACCGAGGAGAAGCAUUGGGGUCAUUAUAGCUGGAUGACAUUCACAUGAACCCAAUAGAGGUUGUAUACCGCAUAAUUCUCAUGUUUACUCCUCUUCGAUCACAUUUUGAAGAAUGUAAUAAAUUUUGAUUUUAUUUCAGGGGUUAAAUAUCUCGUUCAGUCAAUAGCUAAGCUACUGAGAACUUGUGAGGGGAAUUAUCUAUGCCUGGAAACGAGAUUGGAGAUAGGAUCCACAAUUUCUUUGGUCAAGAGACUUCUUCCCCGGUCCCACAACACUCGCAAAUUGCUGAUGCAGCCUGGCCUGGGAUGAGUGCGAAUCCAUGGACUGGAAGUCAGGGACAGGUUGCCACACCCUUCAUAUCCGAUUUAAGAAAUCGCAGUUUACAGCAAUCAGUGGCUAAUUAUGGAAGAGGAUAUGGUGCUCAGUCAUCAACUGUGCAGCAUGAUUUGAGCUUUCAACAAUCAAUUGAAAGAACAGAGCAUGCUAGAAGUCAAUCGCAAGAUCAGCAACCAACUAUAAAUGGCUACUUUCAGGGUCAUCAGGGUUUCCAAACAAGGCAGAAUGAGACAAACUUUUUGGGAGUUGAUACAGAACUUGAUCGGCAUAAUUUAACACAAAAGGGUUUUUCCGCAUUCGAUUCCCAUCAAGGAAAUGGCCCUGACUUUCACCAACGAAAUUUACUAAGGAUGGACUCUACUGAAUCUCCAGUUAAUUUUGAUUUUUUGGGAGGUCAGAAUCGGAUGAGUCCCCAACAUCCUGGAAUCGUGCAAUCUCUUCAUAGGCAACCUUUGGGGAUUGGGGAUAUGCAGCUGCUGCAGCAACAAUUGAUACUCAAGCAAAUGCAAGAAUUUCAGAGACAGCGACAGCAUCAGAUGCAACAACUGCAGCAACAGGAAUCUACUAGGCAACUUAAUAUUUUGAAUCACGUGUCCUCUCUCGGAAAACAUGCGCUUGUUAGUCAGUCCCAAUCUAUGAUCAAUGGAAUUCCUGUACAGGAUGCAUCUGGUUAUUUAUUGCAGCCUCAGGUGAUUGCGGCUAACACAAACUGGCAACAGCAUAGUAUGUCUCCAGACAUGCGAGGCUCAUCUAGCGGGCUUGGAUUUUCGUUGGAACAAAACCAAGCACUUCACUUGAUGGAUAUGGCUCCACAGCAUGUUGAUCAAUCUCUCUAUGGUGUCCCAAUCUCUGGUACAAGAGUUACUUCAAGUCAUUUUUCACCCAUCCAUAUGGACAAAGCCCCUCCCCAGCAGAUGUCUAGCAAUAGUAAUUCCAUUAUAGUUAAUCAGUAUACAGUUUCAUCAAACCAGGUGAAUGAUCAAGAAGGAACGUCGGGAUCGAGACAAGGAUGUCAGCGGAGAAAUGUGACUGGAAGAGUAGAUACUCAAGGCUUGGACAGUGGAGUUAAUUUAGAAUGUCUCCAGCAAGUGAAUUCCCGGCAAAGUAGUGUGCCAACUCAGGAAUUCCUUAGGAGGCAAGAUGGAGAAGUUCCAUCAACAUCAUCAAAGGAGAAGUCUGUUAAUCAGGCAGUGUCUUCUCAGAAUGUCACAACACUAGAUCCAACCGAAGAGAGGAUUUUGUAUGGGUCAGAUGAUAAUUUGUGGGAUGUUUUUGGCCACAGUGAUCAUGUGGAUUCUGGAGGUUUGAAUACGGAGAGUACGGAGGCACCUGGUGGUGCUUUGUCAUUUUUACAAAGUGGAACUUGGAGUGCUCUUAUGCAGUCAGCCGUAGCAGAAGCUUCUAGUGUGAAUGUUAGCGCACAAGAGGAAUGGAGUGAUCCGGAUAGCCAGGGUACAGAACCUCAAAAUGGAAAUCGGCAGAUCCGGACUGUAAAUGAUUCUGGAAAACAGCAAACAGCUUGGGCAGGUAACAGCUUUCAAACUGGCUUGACCCUGAAUAAUCCCUUCCAUCUAUCACAUGAUAAUACAGGUAUAAACAGAAAUGAAAUGCAAAGAGUUAACCGUUCUGGGGUGAGCUCUGCUCACGAUGUGAGUGAAAAGUCGCAGAUAGAUUCUUUUCGGAAUUUUUCUCAGCAGUUUGUAAAAAGUAAUACCAAAUGGCUUGAUGGGAGCCAUCAACAAAAGGCUGCUAUUGAAGUGAACCAUAAUCAUGAAAAGGUUGUUCAUUCUCCUGUUGUGGAUUCAAGUGCAAAGAACACAUCUCAUCCCUGGGCCAGUCAGGCAGGCUCCCCGCUGCACAAUCCAAUUGGCCAAUCAUUCAUUAGACAAAAUGGUUGGAACUUCAUUGAUUCAGCAUCAUCUAAUACAGGCUCAGCUUUGAAGAGUCAAGGGAAUCAAAAUCCUUUGCAAGCUCCCUCAACAAAUGAUCUAAAGAGCUCAAUAGGAAAGAACAUUUGGAGAACUGACUCUGUUUCCAACUCAGCUGUUGGGACAGUCUACACUCAAUCUAGCACUGGUAGCUCCGCAGUCAACACAGCGGAUUCUAGCAGGAAUAAUACUCCAGAUUUCAGCAGUAUGAUGCUCAAUCAAGAUAGCAGCCAAGAUGUUCCUCAACUAGGCAACACUAUUGAUGUCUGGAAAUAUGUUGAUCCAGUAACAAAUCAUAAGGGACGUGAGAUCACGGGUAGCCGUUCGCUCAGUAUGGAGAAGGCCCAGGGAGUGUUUGAAUCAUCUGGAAACAACAGUCCAGGCAAUGGUGCUGUCAAUGCUCGUGAAUUAGAUAAUUUGAGUGUGAGACCCCAGGCAAUGGAUAGCUUCACCAAUACAUCUCACAAUGUCAAUGCAAAGAGAAGUAAUUGGAAAUUUCAGUAUCAUCCUAUGGGAGAUGUAGAUGUUGAUUCUGACUCAUCACAUGCAACAGCACCUGGUGCUCGUUCAGAGUCGGCCAUGCAAAGGAUUUCCGGUGGAUCAAGAGGUCUGGAAGAAGAGCAAAUUGGACAAUCUUAUUUCACUAGUCUCUCCAGUUCCCUUGAUAGAGGUGCCCAUAACUUCACACCAAACAAGACACCGAAGGACGCAAAUGCCAAUCAAUCUGUAAAUGAGUCAUUUGAUAAGUUUGUCUCCCACACGAAACAGUCAAAAGAGUCUGUGGAUGGAGUGCGAUCAAGUCAAUCUGGGCAAGCGUUGGUGCCUGACACUUCCAGGGGCACAACAUGUAAUGAUGUUGCUUCCUCUGCCGAGGUUACCCGCCUUGGCAACUUGCAAAGCGAUACAGAUUCUGGGCAUCAGUUUCCUGUGCUAGAAGCUUCAUCUACGUUCCAGUCCUAUACUGGAUCUGGCUUACAACAGGAUGGUGCUUCAAAAACGUCUUCAACACUGAGGACCACUACAUCAAGCAAACACCAGUCUUUUGGUACUCCAACUUUCCUGGCCUCGUCAAAUGCAUUUGAGUCCAAUAUUCAAUUAAACAGCACUACAGAAACCACUUCCUGGUCUCAGAAGCUAGAAUAUCAGGCUCCACAAGGAAGAGGUAGCAGUCCAUCUGCAUCUGGUGCUACUUCUGUGAAACUUGGAUUUACUGGUAAAGACCAGCUGGAAAAAGAUCUGAGUCAGCAGAUUCUACCGGUUCAUGAUUUUACCAAGAAGAUGAGUCCCUUGACUGGGAAAGAGACUAUCAUAAAUCAUGUUGGUAACUUUUAUGCUUCAUGCGCCGUAAGCACUCAAAUGGAUAUUGCAGCUUUUGGACGCUCGUUGAGGCCCAAUGCUUCGUUGAGUCAAAAUUACUCAUUGCUGCAUCAAGUUCAGGAUGUGAAGAAUAGGGAGGGAGAUCCAAGUGGUAGAAGUUUGAAGAGAUCGAACGGAUCUGAUGGUAGUGUUGAUCCUCAGUUAGCUGCUUCUGAGGGUGGGCAGCAGCUGAUUGGACACGCUAACACUGUCAGAGGUGCAUUACUAAACAAUGCUUCUAGUUCUCCUGAUGAUCCAAAAGCAGUUGGCUUUUCUGGGAGACAAACAGACGUGCAUGGGCCGAAUCUUCCUACUCAGGACAUGCAUGAGUUUGGUGGGAACAGUUCUAGAAAUUUUGCGGAUAGCAAUGAUGGGGUUACUGGUAAAGGUGACCUUUCUCUGAUCAGUCCCCAGAUGGCUCCAUCACGGUUUAAUCAGUUUGGCACCUUCAAGAAUGGACAGGUUUUAUCCACAUAUGAUGCUAGAAAAGUUGCCGCAAUGAAGCAUGCAGAAUUAGCUCUAAGUGGUGGCAGGUCUUCUAAUAGACUGCCAAUUCCAGGUCCAUUAGAGGCUGGAAGAACCACUGGCGAUGAUGCAAAUCAGCAUGGCCUAGUUAGGAUAAGUUCUACACCACUAGUUACUGAGGAGUUUUCUUUUCCUCAAUUGUCACGGCCUGACUCUGUUGAUAUGAGUUUGUUUGUGGUAAGACCAAAGAAGCGCAAGAGUGUCACAUGUGAUCUUGUUCCAUGGCAUAAGGAUCUGAUAAAGAUUCUGCAUAGGCUCCCGAAUAUAAGUUUAGCAGAAGUGCAAUGGGCAAAUGCAGUUAACCGUCUGACUGAAAAGGUGGAAGAUGGUGAAAUCAUAGAUGAUGGGCCGCCAGCCAUUAAAUCAAAGAAAAGAUUGAUAUUGACGACACAGAUUAUGCAGAUACUACUUCAACCUCCUCCAUCGUGGGUUAUGUCUGCUGAUCCAACUUCUCAAUAUGAUAGUGCUGCUCAUUGUGUUGCUCGGUUGACACUGGGAGAUGUAUGUAGUUCACUAUCUAGCUCUGCCAGUCACGCUUCCCCACCUUCCAAAAGCAGCAACGUAAUACCCGAGAGGCUCAGAAUGUCUAAAAGUAUAAGUGAUCAAUACUUCUCGAAAGUUAUGGAAGAUCUCAUCGAGAGAACAAGAAAGGUGGAAAGUGACUUGCUGAGAUUGGAUAGGAGCAUGUCUGUGUUAGACUUGAGAGUAGAAUGUGAAGAUUUAGAGAAGUUCUCUGUCAUCAAUCGGUUUGCUAAGUUCCAUGGUCCAGGUCAAACAGCAGGUGGAUUAGUAGACACUUCAUCCUCGGGUAGCGCUUCUAAUGCACAGAAGGCUUUUCUUCAAAGAUAUGUUACUGCGCUUCCCUUCCCUAGGAAUAUCCCUGACAGGGUACAAUGUCUUUCACUUUGAUAUUUAUUUAUUUAUUUAAUUUAUUAGUUUUCUUCUCUUGCCUCUUCUCUUCUUCUCUGACUGCAACUCAUAGCAUUCUGUGACAUAGAACAUGGUUGGGAAUGUAGGAAGCAGAUAGUAGAUUGUCUCCUCAUAAGAGAUGGAGGCUGUUAGAUUUGUACUAAUUAAUCUAGGCUGUUCAUGUCACUCUGAUCUGUAUAAUAGGGAACUGUGGUUCGCCUUCAUAUUUUGGCGGACUGUUGGGAUGUGUAGUUUGACAGUUUGGCUUUUAGCCUAGUGCGGAGAAGAAGAUAAUAGAGAUGAUCCAGACGCUACAUCUAGCAAGUAGCAUAGUGAAGCGCUUUAAAAGCUUCAUGUCAAAAGGGUUCUUUCUCUUCCCUGUGAAUGUAGAGAAGAAAUUGCUGGAUUUUGCUGGCUAAGUUAGUCUGCUCAAGUCUUGAGAUAUUAAUAAUGUGCUUGUUAGUAU